GGCUUCUCCAAGCGCUUUGGUCUGCUCGGCUCGGCUCGACUGCGACAAAUACGUGCGCAGAUCAAUUUCACCAUGCCAGGUCUCUUGCUGCAGCACAAUCGUCACAACACCGCGGACCUUUGUGUCUACGCAGACUCUCAUAGUCCUUCCGACCGCCCACGCAGCACCCACGAAGCUCUUCAACUUGGCUGCCACGCAUCGCACAGGUUACGCAGUCUGCCCAUCUUUGCGUUUGUAGGUCUCUCUCCAGCAACGCAACAAUGUCUAGACGCUCUGCGAUUCAUGCUUCCCCCUGGCCAUCCCAUACUACUCAGCGACGCGUCGCACAGGUGCCUCGAGACGAUCGAAAAAUACUUUGUUGGCAGCAGCGUCGUCGUCUUUCGACACGUCGACGAGAUGCUGGCCGUUGCAGACGUCGUCAUCAUCUCGACCGCAGACCAGAUCGCGUCCGAAAUGACUGCGCGCAUCCUCCCUCGACUGCAACAAGACUCGCCGUUGUGUCUUCUUUCCGAGUCGUGCGAAAUACACGUCUGCACGCCCUCAGACCAACAGUCCACAAGCGACAGACGACUUUUGGGGCUCGCCAGCUUCCUCCAUCCGCACAGUCUCACUGUCGAAGGCCGGAGAAGUGAUAUCUCCACAGACGAGAGGAGCAAUCGCGCCAAGCUUGCGCUACAAUGGCUCGCCGCCGCGACGAACCGCGAUGCGCGACCAUGAAACGGCGUUGCUUACUGGUACAUUUAGCGCUGUGAAAUCCGAGGUCCGCCUUGAAAAGCGCAAUUGGCCAACAUCGUGACGUGUCGCGGUAAUGGGAGAACGAAAUAGUCUCGAAUCAAGUGGUCUUGCUCAUCUCGAGAGCCCGACAACUCCUUCAUCUGCCAAGCAUCCC